CCUUUGGCAGCAUUUGUAAACAUUGCAAAAUUGUGUGUCUGGAGCCGUCUAAAAUGGCCUUAAAAUUCUAUUUCGACCUUUUGUCACAACCCGUAAGGGCAACAUAUAUAUUCCUUAAGAUGAACAACAUUAAAUUUACACCGAAAGUGGUAAAUCUUGGGAAAGGGGAACACUUCACUGAUGAAUUUGCUGAAGUAAACCCAUUCAAGAGAGUUCCUGUCAUUGAUGAUGAUGGAUUCAAGCUGACAGAGAGUGUGGCCAUUCUUCAGUACUUGGCAGAAAAACACAAUGUUCCCGAUCAUUGGUGGCCAAAAGACCUUAAUAAGAGGGCGAAGGUUAAUGAAUACAUGAAUUGGCAGCACUAUAACCUGAGAUGGAAUGGGUCAAUGGUCUUCCAACACAAAGCUCUAAUUCCAAGACUGACUGGCAGACCAAUCGAUGAGAAGAAACUAAACAGCCAUUUGAAGAAACUAGAUGAUAAUUUGGAUAGCCUGGAAAACAUCUUCCUGAGAGAUCAGCCUUUCGUAGCUGGGAAUGAAAUAAGCAUUGCUGACCUCUUGUGUAUAUGUGAGCUUAUGCAACCUCAAAUGGCUGGCUAUAACUACGGUGAAACACGACCAAAGUUGCUGAAGUACAUGUCACUCGUCCAGGGCCAGCUGGAGCCCCAUUUUGAUGAAGCUCACAAAGUGUUGUACAAAAUGCGUGACAUGGCUACAAAGAAAUUUGGUGUGUCAAAGUUGUGAGAAUUUUCAUCAGAUGUGAAGUAUUUUAGGACUGACCAAAGAGUACGUUGGCACCAACCUCCAUCAGUAAUGUUGUAUGUCACGUGGAACUUCGACUCUUUCAUCAAAACGGACAUUUGGAACUGAACAUGAAAUCAGAGAUAGAAAUGAAAUUUGAAUUUAUGAAAAGAAUUGUUGCUGGUGCUUUUGUCUCAUUGAUUAUGAACAUUGUUUGAUUUCAUGUUACAUGUGUGUCUCAGAUCUGCUACACAUGCAGGUCAUGUGCAAAAACUUCACCUUGUUUCAUUUUAAUUUGGAAUUGGGUUUUCUCGGGACAUACAGUAGAACCUCUCUAUUAAGGACACCCUCUGGACUGAAAAGUGCUGUCCCUAAUAAAGAGGUGUCCUGAUUAGAGAGGUGAAAUUGAAUGGAAAUAAUCAAUUUGGGACCAAAACAAGUGUUCUUAAUAGUGAGGUUGUCCUUAUUAGAGAGAUGUCCGCUAAGGGAGGUUCCACUGUAUAUUAGAACCAAGUAUUAUUUUCUGCUAGUCUGGGGUUUGAUUUUAUUCAAACCUGUGGAGUAAUCCCAAGUGAGAAUAGGCAACCAUUGUUUAAUAACCAAGAUUUGCGAUGCUGUUUAUGAUUAAAAGUGAUUCAUACCGUAUGUACAUGUGGUGUAGAGACUUGUUUUCUAUUCUAAAGUUAUCGAACAAUAAUCAAGUGAAAGCUGUUGCGUUGAAUGAAA